GCCCGAGUAGUCAGAACACUCUGGGGGAGAAGAAGAGCAAGAAGAGAAGCAACUUUUCAUACAAGUCAUUUUAGAAGCGUCACGCUCGCCGGGGUGCAGCUAAAGAGGAGCCCAAGACGGGAGGAAGAAGAUGAGGAGACAGUGAGUGAGUGAGUGAGGAAGACCUGCACCCAGAAAGAGGCUGACAGACACCAUUGACGACUACAAGCCUCGGGUUGCUUUUCCGAAGGCGUGUAAGGAAAGUGAUCAAAGGCUGACACAUAUCAGGAGACAAGACGAAACCAAGAAAACUUCAGGAUGGCUGAGGAGGAGGACACGCGGGAGGUUCUUUUCCCACAGUGGAUGGGGCCCGACCAGCAUGGGCUUACCAUUGAGCAGACAGGCGAAGGCGAGAUCUUCGUCAAAGAGGUGAAAGAACGGUCUAUUGCUGCACGCACUGGGAGGGUGCAUGAAGGUGAUCAGAUCGUCGGUGCCACCAUAUACUUUGAGAACAUGAGUUCAGAGGAGACGGCAGAGCUUCUCAAGACUCUUAAUCGACACAAGGUUGGUCUGAAACUACAACAUCGGGCGGGAGAGAAGUCACCCUGUCGCUCCCCUGUUGGCACCUUGACCUGGGAGGGAAGGACGCGCUUCGGGGGCUCCAGUCCAGACAUUAUUCUGAGUGGAGAUGAUGAAGACUAUAAAAGGAUCUACACAAAGAAGAUAAAGCCCCGGCUGAAGUCGGAAGACCUGGCAGAGGGAGUGGAUGUUCGCACAGAGCGCCACAGCAGCACUAGCAGUGAUGGUAGCACCAUCACCACCAUCACACGCCGCAUUACCACCUACACUGUGGAUGUGCCAGCAGAACAAAUUGACCUUUCUAGUCCAGAGUUCAAGAUUAAGGUUCCACGACAUGAAACCCCAGGAGAAGCUGGUAGCUACUCCAGUCAUGUCACAGUUGGUGCCUCUGGAACAUCUGAAACACGCUGGACUGUGGGAAGUUUGAAAACCACGGAGGGGGCAGGAGAGGGAGAUGACCAAGAGCUCAGGCUUAAAAUGCCUGACUUUGCCAUGUCAGGAGGAGAGACACAAGGGGAAUUCAGUGUUUCAGGAGUGACCCAUCAAAAGGAUGUCAGUAGGGACAUACAAGUACCUGCAGCUGCCUUUGUUUCUCUUCCUGGAGGAACCAAAGAUUUACAGUUCAUCACGGUGAGUAGAAGCAGCACAGGAAUAAGUGGAGAAAUGGGAAAAAGAGAGGUGAAGAUACCAGAAGGCAGCUUGGACUUUCAAGGCCCCACUUAUAGUGGUCAAAGCAACAGAGAGAUUCAGAUAUCAGGUGUCAAUCUCAGUGGUCCCCAGGUUCCACCAAGUGAUGUCAGCAUGAUUACUCCUGAAGUCCAAAUUAGUGCCAAGACACCUGGUGUGGAAAUUAAAGGACCCACAAUUAAAGGGGAUGCUGAGAUGAAAAUGCCAAAGGUGUCUGUAUCUGGAACGUCUGCCCACAAAGGAGGCAUUGGCAUGACAGCUCCCAAUAUUACCAUCAAAAAAGUGGCAAUCUCUGCUCCGAAUGAAGACAUGAAAGGUGGAGUCAAAGUAUCGUCUUUAGAUGUUAAAGGACGAAGCAGUGAAGAAAAAGAAAUUACAGUAUCAACACCGAAAGCUGACAUGUCAGGAACGACACUAAAAGAAGACAUCAAAACCAAAUCAGCUGACAUUAAUGUUCAUGACAUUGAUAUUAAAGGAUCAAAGAGUGUAAUUAAACUGCCUUCAUUUGGCCAAAAAGGUGCUGCAGUGGAAGGUUGCAGUAUUGAAAUAAAAAGGCCUACUGGUGAAGGAUCAAAAAUGACAGCGAGUUACCCUGACAUUGAUACCAGGAAUUUACAGACGAGAGCUACAGCUGAAACUCCAAAUAUUGACAAUAAAAGCUGUGAAGGUGGGAUAAAGAUCAAAAUGCCUUCAUCUGUAUCAGAGGGGCCAAAGAUAGAAAGUCCAGAUGCUAAUUUUUCCACAGCUGAUGCAACUGUUAAAGGCCACAGAGUUGACAUAAAAGGUCCACAGUUAGAUAUUGAAGGACCUGAUGUAAAAGUCAAAGGACCGACAAUAGAUAUGGCAUCCAUUUCUGGACCAGAGAUUUCUAGGCCUGAUGUUGGCUUCAAUGUGAAAGGGCUGAAACUGAAAGGUGAUGUAGAUGUGUCUGUUCCAAAGGUUCACGGCGAAAUCAAAGGACAUAAGCUUGAUAUUGAAGGACCUGAAAGUGGUUUCAGGUUGCCAAAGUUUAAAAUGCCAUCAUUUGGUCUGGAAGACACUGAAAUUCAAGGUCCAGAGGAAGAAGUAAGUCUCCCAAAAGCUGAAGCUGAUACUAAGAAGACAAAGGUCGACAUUGAAGCUUCAAGGCUAGAUGUGGAAGGUAAUAUCAAGGGACCUAAUAUCAAAAUGCCAUCCAGUUCUGGACUUGAUGUAAACCUCCCAAAAUUGAACAUUGACAUCAAAGGUCCGAAAGUUGAAGGUCCAGAGGUAGAGGUCGAAGGGCCUGAAGGGAAAAUCAAAGGCCACAAGUUCACAAUGCCAUCGAUUUCUGGGCCAAAGAUUUCAAUGCCUGAUGUGGACUUGAACCUGAAAGGGCCCAAACUGAAAGGUGAUGUGUCUGUUCCAAAAGUUGAAGGUGAUCUGAGGAUGCCAAAGGUUGACAUCGAAGGACCCAAAGUUGACAUUGAAGGGCCUGAAGGUGGUUUCAAGAUGCCAACAAUAAAAAUGCCCAGAUUUGGUAUCAAGGGGUCGAAAGGGGAGUUACCCGAUGUUGACGUAAACCUGCCGAAAGCUGACAUUGACAUCAAAGGUCCGAAAGUUGAAGGUCCAGAGGUAGAGGUCGAAGGGCCUGAUGGGAAAAUCAAAGGCCACAAGUUCACAAUGCCAUCGAUUUCUGGGCCAAAGAUUUCAAUGCCUGAUGUGGACUUGAACCUGAAAGGGCCCAAACUGAAAGGUGAUGUGUCUGUUCCAAAAGUUGAAGGUGAUCUGAAGAUGCCAAAGGUUGACAUCGAAGGACCCAAAGUUGACAUUGGAGGGCCUGAAGGUGGUUUCAAGAUGCCAACAAUAAAAAUGCCCAGAUUUGGUAUCAAGGGGUCGAAAGGGGAGUUACCCGAUGUUGACGUAAACCUGCCGAAAGCUGACAUUGACAUCAAAGGUCCGAAAGUUGAAGGUCCAGAGGUAGAGGUCGAAGGGCCUGAUGGGAAAAUCAAAGGCCACAAGUUCACAAUGCCAUCGAUUUCUGGGCCAAAGAUUUCAAUGCCUGAUGUGGACUUCAACCUGAAGGGGCCCAAACUGAAAGGUGAUGUGUCUGUUCCAAAAGUUGAAGGUGAUCUGAAGAUGCCAAAGGUUGACAUCGAAGGACCCAAAGUUGACAUUGAAGGGCCUGAAGGUGGUUUCAAGAUGCCAACAAUAAAAAUGCCCAAAUUUGGUAUCAAGGGGUCGAAAGGGGAGUUACCCGAUGUUGACGUAAACCUGCCGCAAGCUGACAUUGACAUCAAAGGUCCGAAAGUUGAAGGUCCAGAGGUAGAGGUCGAAGGGCCUGAUGGGAAAAUGAAAAGCCCCAAGUUCAGGAUUCCAACGAUUUCUGGGCCAAAGAUUUCAAUGCCUGAUGUGGACUUGAACCUGAAAGGGCCCAAACUGAAAGGUGAUGUGUCUGUUCCAAAAGUUGAAGGUGAUCUGAAGAUGCCAAAGGUUGACAUCGAAGGACCCAAAGUUGACAUUGAAGGGCCUGAAGGUGGUUUCAAGAUGCCAACAAUAAAAAUGCCCAGAUUUGGUAUCAAGGGGUCGAAAGGGGAGUUACCCGAUGUUGACGUAAACCUGCCGAAAGCUGACAUUGACAUCAAAGGUCCGAAAGUUGAAGGUCCAGAGGUAGAGGUCGAAGGGCCUGAUGGGAAAAUCAAAGGCCACAAGUUCACAAUGCCAUCGAUUUCUGGGCCAAAGAUUUCAAUGCCUGAUGUGGACUUCAACCUGAAGGGGCCCAAACUGAAAGGUGAUGUGUCUGUUCCAAAAGUUGAAGGUGAUCUGAAGAUGCCAAAGGUUGACAUCGAAGGACCCAAAGUUGACAUUGAAGGGCCUGAAGGUGGUUUCAAGAUGCCAACAAUAAAAAUGCCCAGAUUUGGUAUCAAGGGGUCGAAAGGGGAGUUACCCGAUGUUGACGUAAACCUGCCGAAAGCUGACAUUGACAUCAAAGGUCCGAAAGUUGAAGGUCCAGAGGUAGAGGUCGAAGGGCCUGAUGGGAAAAUCAAAGGCCACAAGUUCACAAUGCCAUCGAUUUCUGGGCCAAAGAUUUCAAUGCCUGAUGUGGACUUGAACCUGAAAGGGCCCAAACUGAAAGGUGAUGUGUCUGUUCCAAAAGUUGAAGGUGAUCUGAAGAUGCCAAAGGUUGACAUCGAAGGACCCAAAGUUGACAUUGAAGGGCCUGAAGGUGGUUUCAAGAUGCCAACAAUAAAAAUGCCCAGAUUUGGUAUCAAGGGGUCGAAAGGGGAGUUACCCGAUGUUGACGUAAACCUGCCGAAAGCUGACAUUGACAUCAAAGGUCCGAAAGUUGAAGGUCCAGAGGUAGAGGUCGAAGGGCCUGAUGGGAAAAUCAAAGGCCACAAGUUCACAAUGCCAUCGAUUUCUGGGCCAAAGAUUUCAAUGCCUGAUGUGGACUUCAACCUGAAGGGGCCCAAACUGAAAGGUGAUGUGUCUGUUCCAAAAGUUGAAGGUGAUCUGAAGAUGCCAAAAGUUGACAUCGAAGGACCCAAAGUUGACAUUGAAGGGCCUGAAGGUGGUUUCAAGAUGCCAACAAUAAAAAUGCCCAAAUUUGGUAUCAAGGGGUCGAAAGGGGAGUUACCCGAUGUUGACGUAAACCUGCCGAAAGCUGACAUUGACAUCAAAGGUCCGAAAGUUGAAGGUCCAGAGGUAGAGGUCGAAGGGCCUGAUGGGAAAAUCAAAGGCCACAAGUUCACAAUGCCAUCGAUUUCUGGGCCAAAGAUUUCAAUGCCUGAUGUGGACUUGAACCUGAAAGGGCCCAAACUGAAAGGUGAUGUGUCUGUUCCAAAAGUUGAAGGUGAUUUGAAGAUGCCAAAAGUUGACAUUGAAGGGCCUGAAGGUGGUUUCAAGAUGCCAACAAUAAAAAUGCCCAAAUUUGGUAUCAAGGGGUCGAAAGGGGAGUUACCCGAUGUUGACGUAAACCUGCCGAAAGCUGACAUUGACAUCAAAGGUCCGAAAGUUGAAGGUCCAGAGGUAGAGGUCGAAGGGCCUGAAGGGAAAAUCAAAGGCCACAAGUUCACAAUGCCAUCGAUUUCUGGGCCAAAGAUUUCAAUGCCUGAUGUGGACUUGAACCUGAAAGGGCCCAAACUGAAAGGUGAUGUGUCUGUUCCAAAAGUUGAAGGUGAUCUGAAGAUGCCAAAGGUUGACAUCGAAGGACCCAAAGUUGACAUUGAAGGGCCUGAAGGUGGUUUCAAGAUGCCAACAAUAAAAAUGCCCAGAUUUGGUAUCAAGGGGUCGAAAGGGGAGUUACCCGAUGUUGACGUAAACCUGCCGAAAGCUGACAUUGACAUCAAAGGUCCGAAAGUUGAAGGUCCAGAGGUAGAGGUCGAAGGGCCUGAUGGGAAAAUCAAAGGCCACAAGUUCACAAUGCCAUCGAUUUCUGGGCCAAAGAUUUCAAUGCCUGAUGUGGACUUCAACCUGAAGGGGCCCAAACUGAAAGGUGAUGUGUCUGUUCCAAAAGUUGAAGGUGAUCUGAAGAUGCCAAAGGUUGACAUCGAAGGACCCAAAGUUGACAUUGAAGGGCCUGAAGGUGGUUUCAAGAUGCCAACAAUAAAAAUGCCCAAAUUUGGUAUCAAGGGGUCGAAAGGGGAGUUACCCGAUGUUGACGUAAACCUGCCGAAAGCUGACAUUGACAUCAAAGGUCCGAAAGUUGAAGGUCCAGAGGUAGAGGUCGAAGGGCCUGAUGGGAAAAUCAAAGGCCACAAGUUCACAAUGCCAUCGAUUUCUGGGCCAAAGAUUUCAAUGCCUGAUGUGGACUUGAACCUGAAAGGGCCCAAACUGAAAGGUGAUGUGUCUGUUCCAAAAGUUGAAGGUGAUUUGAAGAUGCCAAAAGUUGACAUUGAAGGGCCUGAAGGUGGUUUCAAGAUGCCAACAAUAAAAAUGCCCAAAUUUGGUAUCAAGGGGUCGAAAGGGGAGUUACCCGAUGUUGACGUAAACCUGCCGAAAGCUGACAUUGACAUCAAAGGUCCGAAAGUUGAAGGUCCAGAGGUAGAGGUCGAAGGGCCUGAAGGGAAAAUCAAAGGCCACAAGUUCACAAUGCCAUCGAUUUCUGGGCCAAAGAUUUCAAUGCCUGAUGUGGACUUGAACCUGAAAGGGCCCAAACUGAAAGGUGAUGUGUCUGUUCCAAAAGUUGAAGGUGAUCUGAAGAUGCCAAAGGUUGACAUCGAAGGACCCAAAGUUGACAUUGCAGGGCCUGAAGGUGGUUUCAAGAUGCCAACAAUAAAAAUGCCCAAAUUUGGUAUCAAGGGGUCGAAAGGGGAGUUACCCGAUGUUGACGUAAACCUGCCGAAAGCUGACAUUGACAUCAAAGGUCCGAAAGUUGAAGGUCCAGAGGUAGAGGUCGAAGGGCCUGAUGGGAAAAUCAAAGGCCACAAGUUCACAAUGCCAUCGAUUUCUGGGCCAAAGAUUUCAAUGCCUGAUGUGGACUUCAACCUGAAGGGGCCCAAACUGAAAGGUGAUGUGUCUGUUCCAAAAGUUGAAGGUGAUCUGAAGAUGCCAAAGGUUGACAUCGAAGGACCCAAAGUUGACAUUGAAGGGCCUGAAGGUGGUUUCAAGAUGCCAACAAUAAAAAUGCCCAGAUUUGGUAUCAAGGGGUCGAAAGGGGAGUUACCCGAUGUUGACGUAAACCUGCCGAAAGCUGACAUUGACAUCAAAGGUCCGAAAGUUGAAGGUCCAGAGGUAGAGGUCGAAGGGCCUGAUGGGAAAAUCAAAGGCCACAAGUUCACAAUGCCAUCGAUUUCUGGGCCAAAGAUUUCAAUGCCUGAUGUGGACUUCAACCUGAAGGGGCCCAAACUGAAAGGUGAUGUGUCUGUUCCAAAAGUUGAAGGUGAUCUGAAGAUGCCAAAGGUUGACAUCGAAGGACCCAAAGUUGACAUUGAAGGGCCUGAAGGUGGUUUCAAGAUGCCAACAAUAAAAAUGCCCAGAUUUGGUAUCAAGGGGUCGAAAGGGGAGUUACCCGAUGUUGACGUAAACCUGCCGAAAGCUGACAUUGACAUCAAAGGUCCGAAAGUUGAAGGUCCAGAGGUAGAGGUCGAAGGGCCUGAAGGGAAAAUCAAAGGCCACAAGUUCACAAUGCCAUCGAUUUCUGGGCCAAAGAUUUCAAUGCCUGAUGUGGACUUCAACCUGAAGGGGCCCAAACUGAAAGGUGAUGUGUCUGUUCCAAAAGUUGAAGGUGAUCUGAAGAUGCCAAAGGUUGACAUCGAAGGACCCAAAGUUGACAUUGAAGGGCCUGAAGGUGGUUUCAAGAUGCCAACAAUAAAAAUGCCCAGAUUUGGUAUCAAGGGGUCGAAAGGGGAGUUACCCGAUGUUGACGUAAACCUGCCGAAAGCUGACAUUGACAUCAAAGGUCCGAAAGUUGAAGGUCCAGAGGUAGAGGUCAAAGGGCCUGAUGGGAAAAUCAAAGGCCACAAGUUCACAAUGCCAUCGAUUUCUGGGCCAAAGAUUUCAAUGCCUGAUGUGGACUUGAACCUGAAAGGGCCCAAACUGAAAGGUGAUGUGUCUGUUCCAAAAGUUGAAGGUGAUCUGAAGAUGCCAAAGGUUGACAUCGAAGGACCCAAAGUUGACAUUGAAGGGCCUGAAGGUGGUUUCAAGAUGCCAACAAUAAAAAUGCCCAAAUUUGGUAUCAAGGGGUCGAAAGGGGAGUUACCCGAUGUUGACGUAAACCUGCCGAAAGCUGACAUUGACAUCAAAGGUCCGAAAGUUGAAGGUCCAGAGGUAGAGGUCGAAGGGCCUGAAGGGAAAAUCAAAGGCCACAAGUUCGCAAUGCCAUCGAUUUCUGGGCCAAAGAUUUCAAUGCCUGAUGUGGACUUCAACCUGAAGGGGCCCAAACUGAAAGGUGAUGUGUCUGUUCCAAAAGUUGAAGGUGAUUUGAAGAUGCCAAAAGUUGACAUUGAAGGACCCGAAGUUGACUUUGAAGGGCCUGAGGGUGGUUUCAAGAUGCCAACAAUAAAAAUGCCCAGAUUUGGUAUCAAGGGGUCGAAAGGGGAGUUACCCGAUGUUGACGUAAACCUGCCGCAAGCUGACAUUGACAUCAAAGGUCCGAAAGUUGAAGGUCCAGAGGUAGAGGUCGAAGGGCCUGAUGGGAAAAUCAAAGGCCACAAGUUCACAAUGCCAUCGAUUUCUGGGCCAAAGAUUUCAAUGCCUGAUGUGGACUUGAACCUGAAAGGGCCCAAACUGAAAGGUGAUGUGUCUGUUCCAAAAGUUGAAGGUGAUUUGAAGAUGCCGAAAGUUGACAUUGAAGGGCCUGAAGGUGGUUUCAAGAUGCCAACAAUAAAAAUGCCCAAAUUUGGUAUCAAGGGGUCGAAAGGGGAGUUACCCGAUGUUGACGUAAACCUGCCGAAAGCUGACAUUGACAUCAAAGGUCCGAAAGUUGAAGGUCCAGAAGUAGAGGUCGAAGGGCCUGAUGGGAAAAUGAAAAGCCCCAAGUUCAGGAUUCCAACGAUUUUUGGGCCAAAGAUUUCAAUGCCUGAUGUGGACUUCAACCUGAAGGGGCCCAAACUGAAAGGUGAUGUGUCUGUUCCAAAAGUUGAAGGUGAUUUGAAGAUGCCAAAAGUUGACAUUGAAGGGCCUGAAGGUGGUUUCAAGAUGCCAACAAUAAAAAUGCCCAAAUUUGGUAUCAAGGGGUCGAAAGGGGAGUUACCCGAUGUUGACGUAAACCUGCCGAAAGCUGACAUUGACAUCAAAGGUCCGAAAGUUGAAGGUCCAGAGGUAGAGGUCGAAGGGCCUGAUGGGAAAAUGAAAAGCCCCAAGUUCAGGAUUCCAACGAUUUCUGGGCCAAAGAUUUCAAUGCCUGAUGUGGACUUGAACCUGAAAGGGCCCAAACUGAAAGGUGAUGUGUCUGUUCCAAAAGUUGAAGGUGAUUUGAAGAUGCCAAAAGUUGACAUUGAAGGGCCUGAAGGUGGUUUCAAGAUGCCAACAAUAAAAAUGCCCAAAUUUGGUAUCAAGGGGUCGAAAGGGGAGUUACCCGAUGUUGACGUAAACCUGCCGAAAGCUGACAUUGACAUCAAAGGUCCGAAAGUUGAAGGUCCAGAGGUAGAGGUCGAAGGGCCUGAUGGGAAAAUCAAAGGCCACAAGUUCACAAUGCCAUCGAUUUCUGGGCCAAAGAUUUCAAUGCCUGAUGUGGACUUCAACCUGAAGGGGCCCAAACUGAAAGGUGAUGUGUCUGUUCCAAAAGUUGAAGGUGAUUUGAAGAUGCCAAAAGUUGACAUUGAAGGGCCUGAAGGUGGUUUCAAGAUGCCAACAAUAAAAAUGCCCAAAUUUGGUAUCAAGGGGUCGAAAGGGGAGUUACCCGAUGUUGACGUAAACCUGCCGAAAGCUGACAUUGACAUCAAAGGUCCGAAAGUUGAAGGUCCAGAGGUAGAGGUCGAAGGGCCUGAUGGGAAAAUCAAAGGCCACAAGUUCACAAUGCCAUCGAUUUCUGGGCCAAAGAUUUCAAUGCCUGAUGUGGACUUCAACCUGAAGGGGCCCAAACUGAAAGGUGAUGUGUCUGUUCCAAAAGUUGAAGGUGAUCUGAAGAUGCCAAAGGUUGACAUCGAAGGACCCAAAGUUGACAUUGAAGGGCCUGAAGGUGGUUUCAAGAUGCCAACAAUAAAAAUGCCCAAAUUUGGUAUCAAGGGGUCGAAAGGGGAGUUACCCGAUGUUGACGUAAACCUGCCGAAAGCUGACAUUGACAUCAAAGGUCCGAAAGUUGAAGGUCCAGAGGUAGAGGUCGAAGGGCCUGAAGGGAAAAUCAAAGGCCACAAGUUCACAAUGCCAUCGAUUUCUGGGCCAAAGAUUUCAAUGCCUGAUGUGGACUUCAACCUGAAGGGGCCCAAACUGAAAGGUGAUGUGUCUGUUCCAAAAGUUGAAGGUGAUUUGAAGAUGCCAAAGGUUGACAUUGAAGGGCCUGAAGGUGGUUUCAAGAUGCCAACAAUAAAAAUGCCCAGAUUUGGUAUCAAGGGGUCGAAAGGGGAGUUACCCGAUGUUGACGUAAACCUGCCGAAAGCUGACAUUGACAUCAAAGGUCCGAAAGUUGAAGGUCCAGAGGUAGAGGUCGAAGGGCCUGAUGGGAAAAUCAAAGGCCACAAGUUCACAAUGCCAUCGAUUUCUGGGCCAAAGAUUUCAAUGCCUGAUGUGGACUUCAACCUGAAGGGGCCCAAACUGAAAGGUGAUGUGUCUGUUCCAAAAGUUGAAGGUGAUUUGAAGAUGCCAAAAGUUGACAUCGAAGGACCCGAAGUUGACUUUGAAGGGCCUGAGGGUGGUUUCAAGAUGCCAACAAUAAAAAUGCCCAAAUUUGGUAUCAAGGGGUCGAAAGGGGAGUUACCCGAUGUUGACGUAAACCUGCCGAAAGCUGACAUUGACAUCAAAGGUCCGAAAGUUGAAGGUCCAGAGGUAGAGGUCGAAGGGCCUGAUGGGAAAAUCAAAGGCCACAAGUUCACAAUGCCAUCGAUUUCUGGGCCAAAGAUUUCAAUGCCUGAUGUGGACUUGAACCUGAAAGGGCCCAAACUGAAAGGUGAUGUGUCUGUUCCAAAAGUUGAAGGUGAUUUGAAGAUGCCAAAAGUUGACAUUGAAGGGCCUGAAGGUGGUUUCAAGAUGCCAACAAUAAAAAUGCCCAAAUUUGGUAUCAAGGGGUCGAAAGGGGAGUUACCCGAUGUUGACGUAAACCUGCCGAAAGCUGACAUUGACAUCAAAGGUCCGAAAGUUGAAGGUCCAGAGGUAGAGGUCGAAGGGCCUGAUGGGAAAAUCAAAGGCCACAAGUUCACAAUGCCAUCGAUUUCUGGGCCAAAGAUUUCAAUGCCUGAUGUGGACUUCAACCUGAAGGGGCCCAAACUGAAAGGUGAUGUGUCUGUUCCAAAAGUUGAAGGUGAUCUGAAGAUGCCAAAGGUUGACAUCGAAGGACCCAAAGUUGACAUUGAAGGGCCUGAAGGUGGUUUCAAGAUGCCAACAAUAAAAAUGCCCAGAUUUGGUAUCAAGGGGUCGAAAGGGGAGUUACCCGAUGUUGACGUAAACCUGCCGAAAGCUGACAUUGACAUCAAAGGUCCGAAAGUUGAAGGUCCAGAGGUAGAGGUCGAAGGGCCUGAUGGGAAAAUCAAAGGCCACAAGUUCACAAUGCCAUCGAUUUCUGGGCCAAAGAUUUCAAUGCCUGAUGUGGACUUGAACCUGAAAGGGCCCAAACUGAAAGGUGAUGUGUCUGUUCCAAAAGUUGAAGGUGAUUUGAAGAUGCCAAAAGUUGACAUUGAAGGGCCUGAAGGUGGUUUCAAGAUGCCAACAAUAAAAAUGCCCAGAUUUGGUAUCAAGGGGUCGAAAGGGGAGUUACCCGAUGUUGACGUAAACCUGCCGAAAGCUGACAUUGACAUCAAAGGUCCGAAAGUUGAAGGUCCAGAGGUAGAGGUCGAAGGGCCUGAUGGGAAAAUCAAAGGCCACAAGUUCACAAUGCCAUCGAUUUCUGGGCCAAAGAUUUCAAUGCCUGAUGUGGACUUGAACCUGAAAGGGCCCAAACUGAAAGGUGAUGUGUCUGUUCCAAAAGUUGAAGGUGAUCUGAAGAUGCCAAAGGUUGACAUCGAAGGACCCAAAGUUGACAUUGCAGGGCCUGAAGGUGGUUUCAAGAUGCCAACAAUAAAAAUGCCCAAAUUUGGUAUCAAGGGGUCGAAAGGGGAGUUACCCGAUGUUGACGUAAACCUGCCGAAAGCUGACAUUGACAUCAAAGGUCCGAAAGUUGAAGGUCCAGAGGUAGAGGUCGAAGGGCCUGAUGGGAAAAUCAAAGGCCACAAGUUCACAAUGCCAUCGAUUUCUGGGCCAAAGAUUUCAAUGCCUGAUGUGGACUUCAACCUGAAGGGGCCCAAACUGAAAGGUGAUGUGUCUAUUCCAAAAGUUGAAGGAGAUUUGAAGAUGCCAAAAGUUGACAUUGAAGGACCCGAAGUUGACUUUGAAGGGCCUGAGGGUGGUUUCAAGAUGCCAACAAUAAAAAUGCCCAGAUUUGGUAUCAAGGGGUCGAAAGGGGAGUUACCCGAUGUUGACGUAAACCUGCCGAAAGCUGACAUUGACAUCAAAGGUCCGAAAGUUGAAGGUCCAGAGGUAGAGGUCGAAGGGCCUGAUGGGAAAAUCAAAGGCCACAAGUUCACAAUGCCAUCGAUUUCUGGGCCAAAGAUUUCAAUGCCUGAUGUGGACUUCAACCUGAAGGGGCCCAAACUGAAAGGUGAUGUGUCUGUUCCAAAAGUUGAAGGUGAUCUGAAGAUGCCAAAGGUUGACAUCGAAGGACCCAAAGUUGACAUUGAAGGGCCUGAAGGUGGUUUCAAGAUGCCAACAAUAAAAAUGCCCAGAUUUGGUAUCAAGGGGUCGAAAGGGGAGUUACCCGAUGUUGACGUAAACCUGCCGAAAGCUGACAUUGACAUCAAAGGUCCGAAAGUUGAAGGUCCAGAGGUAGAGGUCGAAGGGCCUGAUGGGAAAAUCAAAGGCCACAAGUUCACAAUGCCAUCGAUUUCUGGGCCAAAGAUUUCAAUGCCUGAUGUGGACUUCAACCUGAAAGGGCCCAAACUGAAAGGUGAUGUGGAUGUAUCCAUUCCAAAAGGUGAUGUUUCAGUUCAGAAGCCUGAAGCUGACGUUCAUGUCCCAAAGAUUAACAUACCAAGUCCAGAAAUUGAUGUUGAGGUUGCUGAAGGUGGGUUUAAGUUGCCAAAGUUUAAAAUGCCCAAGUUUGGAUUUAGAGGUUCCAAGGCUGACACAAUUGAUGUUGAUGUGAGUGUUCCCAAAGGUGAUGUUGACAUAAAGGGCCCCAAAGUUGACAUUGAUGGACCAGAAUUAAAUGUGGAGGGUCCAGAGAGUAAAGUCAGAGGACCUAAAUUAAAGAUGCCUAUCAUUUCUGGAACAAAGAUUUCAAUACCUGAUGUGGACUUAAACUUGAAAGGGCCAAAGGUAAAGGGUGAUAUGGAUCUUUCUUUGCCAACAGUUGAAGGUGAUGUAAAGGGACCAAAAAUUGAUGUGAAAAGUCCUGAUAUCGACGUGAAAGGUACUGAGGGGGGGUUCAAGAUGCCAAAAUUCAAAAUGCCUAGGUUUGGUUUUAAGGCUCCAAAGGUUGAAGGUCCAGAUGUAGAUGUAAACCUUGGAAAACCUGAUAUAGACCUUAAAGGACCUAAAAUUGAAAUUGAAAGUCCAGAACUCAAUGUGGAGGGCCCUGACAGUAAAAUCAAGGUACCUCAAUUCAAGAUCCCAUCCAUUUCCGGGUCGAAGCUCUCAAUGCCUGAUGUGGACAUCAACCUGAAAGGGCCUAAACUUAAAGGUGAUGUGGAUGUGUCAGUUCCAAAGGUGGAAGGGGACGUCAAAGAACCAAAAAUGAACUUUCAGGGUCCCAGUGUUGAAAUUGAGGGCCCUGAAGGAGGAUUGAAAAUGCCAAAGGUGAAAAUGCCCCAGUUUGGUUUCAAAGGACCAAAUGUAGAGUGUCCAGAUGUUGAUAUAAACCUCCCAAAAGGUAAUAUUGACAUCAAGGGACCUAAAGUUGACAUUGAAGGUCCAGAGCUUGAUGUGGAAGGUCCUGAUGGUAAAAGCAAGGGUCCUAAAUUCAAGAUGCCACCCAUUUCGGCACCAAAGUUUUCUAUGCCCGAUAUGGACUUCAACCUGAAAGGGCCAAAACUGAAAGGUGAUAUGGAUGUGUCAGUUCCAAAGGUUGACAUUGAGGGGCCUGAUGUUGAAAUUGAGGGCCCUGAAGGCAGACUGAAAAUGCCAAAGCUGAAAAUACCCAAGUUUGGUAUGAAAGGACCGAAAGUGGAGUGUCCGGAUGUUGAUGUAAACCUCCCAAAAGGUGAUGUUGAUAUCAAGGGGCCGAAAAUUGAUAUUGAAGGUCCAGAGCUUGAUGUGGAAGGUCCUGACGGUAAAGUCAAGGGUCCUAAGGUCAAAGUGCCAUCCAUUUCAGUAGCUAAGAUCUCAAUGCCUGAUAUGGACUUCAAUCUGAAAGGGCCAAAGCUGAAAGGCGAUGUGGACGUGUCGGUUCCGAAGGUUGACAUUGAGGGCCCCGAUGUUGAAAUUGAGGGUCCUGAAGGCGGAUUGAAAAUGCCAAAGCUGAAAAUACCCAAGUUUGGUAUCAAAGGACCGAAAGUGGAGUGUCCAGAUGUCGAUGUAAGCCUCCCAAAAGCUGAUAUUGACAUCAAGGGACCUAAAGUUGACAUUGAAGGUCCGGAAGUAGAUGUGGAAGGUCCUGAUGGUAAAAGCAAGGGUCCUAAAUUCAAGAUGCCACCCAUUUCGGCACCAAAGUUUUCUAUGCCCGAUAUGGACUUCAACCUGAAAGGGCCAAAACUGAAAAGUGAUAUGGAUGUGUCAGUUCCAAAGGUUGACAUUGAGGGGCCUGAUGUUGAAAUUGAGGGCCCUGAAGGCAGACUGAAAAUGCCAAAGCUGAAAAUACCCAAGUUUGGUAUGAAAGGACCGAAAGUGGAGUGUCCGGAUGUUGAUGUAAACCUCCCAAAAGGUGAUGUUGAUAUCAAGGGGCCGAAAAUUGAUAUUGAAGGUCCAGAGCUUGAUGUGGAAGGUCCUGACGGUAAAGUCAAGGGUCCUAAGGUCAAAGUGCCAUCCAUUUCAGUAGCUAAGAUCUCAAUGCCUGAUAUGGACUUCAAUCUGAAAGGGCCAAAGCUGAAAGGCGAUGUGGACGUGUCGGUUCCGAAGGUUGACAUUGAGGGCCCCGAUGUUGAAAUUGAGGGUCCUGAAGGCGGAUUGAAAAUGCCAAAGCUGAAAAUACCCAAGUUUGGUAUCAAAGGACCGAAAGUGGAGUGUCCAGAUGUCGAUGUAAGCCUCCCAAAAGCUGAUAUUGACAUCAAGGGACCUAAAGUUGACAUUGAAGGUCCGGAAGUAGAUGUGGAAGGUCCUGAUGGUAAAAGCAAGGGUCCUAAAUUCAAGAUGCCACCCAUUUCGGCACCAAAGUUUUCUAUGCCCGAUAUGGACUUCAACCUGAAAGGGCCAAAACUGAAAGGUGAUAUGGAUGUGUCAGUUCCAAAGGUUGACAUUGAGGGGCCUGAUGUUGAAAUUGAGGGCCCUGAAGGCAGACUGAAAAUGCCAAAGCUGAAAAUACCCAAGUUUGGUAUGAAAGGACCGAAAGUGGAGUGUCCGGAUGUUGAUGUAAACCUCCCAAAAGGUGAUGUUGAUAUCAAGGGGCCGAAAAUUGAUAUUGAAGGUCCAGAGCUUGAUGUGGAAGGUCCUGACGGUAAAGUCAAGGGUCCCAAGGUCAAAGUGCCAUCUAUUUCAGUAGCUAAGAUCUCAAUGCCUGAUAUGGACUUCAAUCUGAAAGGGCCAAAGCUGAAAGGCGAUGUGGACGUGUCGGUUCCGAAGGUUGACAUUGAGGGCCCCGAUGUUGAAAUUGAGGGUCCUGAAGGCGGAUUGAAAAUGCCAAAGCUGAAAAUACCCAAGUUUGGUAUCAAAGGACCGAAAGUGGAGUGUCCAGAUGUCGAUGUAAGCCUCCCAAAAGCUGAUAUUGACAUCAAGGGACCUAAAGUUGACAUUGAAGGUCCGGAAGUAGAUGUGGAAGGUCCUGAUGGUAAAAGCAAGGGUCCUAAAUUCAAGAUGCCACCCAUUUCGGCACCAAAGUUUUCUAUGCCCGAUAUGGACUUCAACCUGAAAGGGCCAAAACUGAAAGGUGAUAUGGAUGUGUCAGUUCCGAAGGUGAAAGGUGAUAUCAAAUUACCAAAGGUUGAUGUAGAAGGCCCCCGUGUUCAAGUUGAAGGGCCUGAAGGAGAGAUGGAUGUAAGUGGACCAGAUGUUGAUUUGAAGACACCCAAUAUUGCUAUUGACCUAAAUGUACCAGAUUCCAACUUGGAAGGAGCUGAUGUAAACAUUAAAGGUACUAAGUUCAAAAAGCCAAAAUUCAAUCUUGGUGGAAGGGGUCCUGAAGCAGAUAUCAGUCUCAAUGCUCCUGAUAUUGAUGUUAACCUCAAAGGUAAGAAAGGUAAAUUUAAAAUACCAAAGAUAAAAGGGAAAAUGAAGAAGCCUGAUGCAGACCUUGCAGCUCCUGAUAUUGAUGUGGAUGUUGAGUCUCCUGAUAUCCAUUUGAAAGGUUCAAAGGUAAAGAAACCUUUGUUUGGGAAGUUGCAUUUCCCUGAUGUGGAGUUUGACAUAAAGUCUCCUAAGGUAAAGGGUGAUGGGUCUCUGUCGGGUUCUGUGAAAGCUCCGGAUAUGGAUUUGCCAUCUUCAAGCCUCAAAGCAGACAUUAAAGUGCCAGAUGCUGAAUUAACAGGUGCUGGCAUCGAGGGAGCUGAUGUAAAAAUGAAAAAGCCUAAAAUCAAAAUGUCUAAAUUCAAUAUUUCUGGACCCAAAUCGAAAACCCCAGACCUUGAUAUUAAAGGCCCUAAUCUAGAUAUUCCGGACGUCAGUGUGAAUGUUAGUGUCCCAGAAGUCGAUGCCAAAAGCCCAGAUGUCAAAGCCCACGGCAAGGUCAAGCUUGAAGGAGGAAACGUUGAAGCCCCAGAAGGAAAACUAAAAGGUCAUGGGUUACAGAUGCCCUCUAUAGACAUUAAGGCUCCUAAAAUUUCUGCCCCUGAAUUCAGUAUAACAGGCCCCAAGCUUCUGGGAGACUUUGCCACUGCAGGGGACAUCAAAUGUCCAAAUGUUGGCAUAGAUGCACCCAGUCUUGAUCUUAAAGGAGUUGAGGGAAAGAUAAAGGUGCCUCAAUUGAAGAUGCCAACUCUAAAUAUCAAUGCACCUGAGAUAUCUGUACCUGACAUUGCUCUAAAUCUCAAAGGACCCAAAGUUGAGGGACACACAAAUCUAUCAGGCGAAAAGAAAAAACAUGCUGAAGGAAUGGAUGUAAGCAUUGAAGGACCUGAUGGGAAGAUCAAGGGUCCAGAGAUUAAGAUGCCAUCUCUUAACAUUAAAGCACCUAAAAUUGUCGGCCCUGAUAUCAGCAUCAAGGAGCCCAAAUUGAAAGGGGGCCCUGACAUUGAUGUGUCAGGAGAAUUUAAAGCUCCUAAGAUAGAUAUUGCAGGUCCAGAUGUUAAUUUUGAGGGCCCUGAAGGUAGACUUGAAAUGCCAAAAUUUUCUCACAAAGGACCCAAAGUGGAGGGUCCUGAUGUUGACGUAAAUUUCUCCAAACCUGACAUUAAUAUCAAAGGGCCUAAAGUUGACAUUGAAAGUCCAGAGCUAGAGGUAGAAGGGCCCGAUGGUAAAAUCAGAGGACCUAAAUUCAACAUGUCUUCCGUUUCUGGGCCGAAGAUCUCAAUGCCUGAUCUGGACUUCGGCCUGAAAGGUCCAAAGUUGAAGUGCGAUGUAGAUGUGUCAGUUCCAGCAGUUCAAGAUGAAAUAAAAGUACCAAAAGUUGAUAUCAAAGGCCCAAGUUUUAAUGUCGAAGGUCCAGAAAUUAAUGCUCCUGGUUCAACAUUUGAAGGUCAAAUUACAAUACCUAAGGCUGAUAUAAAAGGCCCUGGUAUGGAUGUCAAGACACAAGAAAUAGAUUUGGAAGCACCAGAAUUAAAAGGCAAGAAAUCAAAAUUCAAGUUUCCCAAGUUUGGCUUUGGAUCUCCAAAGCUGGAGGGUGCUGACAUUGAUAUCAAUGUUGAAGGCCCUAAAGUCAGUGGGGGUCUUGAUGGUUCUGCUGAUAUAAAGUCUUCUGUAAAAGGAGGAGCUAAAGGAGAAAUAUCAGGAGAUCCUAAAGGUCUGAGUCUGAAUGUGCAAGCCCCAGAUUUAAGCAUUAAAGGCCCAAAUGUCACUGGAGAGCUGAACAUCAAAGGUGCAGCAGGUGUGCACACAGACAUGUCAGAAUGCACAGGUGAGAUGGAAUAUCCAGAGGGCAAAGUCACUUUCCCAAAACUCAAGAUUCCCAAGUUUGGAAUUGCUCUGCCCCAGUUGGAGGGUCCAGAAAUAGGUGUAGAUGUUGGGUCAGGAGAGGCUGUCAGUGGAGGGGACCUUGGCAUGCAAAGUCCUGGAGCUAGUGCCAACUUAAGCUCCCAAAGCUUAGAACUACAAGGCCCUGAAAUAAAGGUUGGUGGUGGUGGGAAGACAAAGGUUAAGAUGCCAAAGUUAUUUGGCAAGUCAAAAGCAAAGGGUGGCAGUGCAGCAGAUCUGAGCAUUGAGGAACCCAGUGUGGUGCUUUCCAGCAGUGGAGGUGGUGUAAAAGGCUCCAAAGGACUAAGUGUUAGUUCUGGGGAGUUGCCUGGCAAGGUUGUGUUGGAGGGAGGCCCUGGACUCAGUGUCUCGCCCAAGAGCAAGUCUGCUUCCUUGGACUUGUUUAAAAAAUCUCGGCACCGCUCUUCCUCUCUCAGUGAUGAGGGUGGACUGGCUUCUCCCACUUCCCCCUCUGGUCACCUACAUGCAGAGGGAGGGGCACCACUGGAGACAGGAGAUGUUAAAGUGAAGGGUAAGAAGGGUAAACUAAAAUUUGGCACAUUUGGUGGCUUCGGCUCCAAGUCGAAAGGGUCAUACGAAGUGUCACUUGGUGAGGAAGGUGAGGCACGGGUAGAGGGGACCGGUGGAGUUUCCCUGCCUUCCAAAAAGUCCAGGAUGUCCUCAUCAUCCAGCAGUGACAGUGGCACUAAGGGAGGCUUCCGUCUCCCCCGCGUUGAACUAGCUGUGUCGCCAAAGAAAUAAUGUAAUUUGAGCCUCUGCCUGUCACCUCCCUCCACUCCACUGUUUUUGGCCACUCCAUCCAAGACUCCAGUUCAACUCUCUAUCAAGACUUUCAAUGUUUUAAGUGCAAAGAACAACAGGCUGAGUUUCAAAAUGCACGUGUCCAGUAGCACGCCGGUGUACUGUUGGAGAAACACAGUGAACUUAAACACGUCUUCCCCAGUCCUUCCCAAAUGUUUUUAACACUGGAGUACAUUUUGUAGUUUUGAAAAUCUCCCUUGAACUGUAAAUAAGAUGCAAUCCUGUUUUCUAUGGUUAGCUCUUUGUACAUAAUUAUAUUUUGUUCAGCAUAGCCAGUAUCGCGUUGUCUCCCUUCCUAAUGUGCCUUAACUAUAAAUGUUAAUAGUAAAGACCUCUGAAAUUUGUUUUAACUUUUGAUAUUAGACACACUAUUUUUGUAUUGCAAAUUUAAUAAAGUAGGAGAAAUUCAGAUGUUUAUCACGAAAUCUACUUUGAGCUGUUCAGCAUGUUUGCCUACGUAACCUGAGAGCUGUUUGCUUUAUUGGCAUAUAUUAACAGAUGAUUUAUUUGCUUUUGUUUUGGAGCUCAAAUAAUAUAAUCCAUACUGCCAAAGUAUAUUUCUUAUAGAUCACAUCUUUACAUACAGAGCAGUGGCUGUAAUGCUGGUAGUGACCAUAACUGCAAUGGGAAUCGAUUUAUUUGUACUAUAAUGAACUGCUGUUUUCGACCUUUAUUGCUGCCGCAGCUUUGUGAUUUAUUUUAACAGGUUUAGUUGUUCAUGGAGACUAAGACGAGUGCAGAGCAAAACAUUGGUUUUUAUAUUUUUAGAACCAAGAAUCAUGGCUGUGUCCUGUUAACAUAACAGCAGCCUCGAUGGUUAUUUGUAUGAUUUUGUUUUUGUAUCAUGAUUUGUGUGGCAAUAAAUACAGCUGAGAUGAAUAUGUACCUUUCUUCAGGCUAAGAAGUUGGCUGCAGUCUGUUGCUUCCAUGGUCUCUGAGCUGCUUCCUGGUGUGUGUGUGUGUGUGUGUGUGUGUGUGUGUGUGUCUCUACAUUGAGGAGCUGUGAAAUAUAAGGCAAUCCAUCCCGUUUCUACACGUUGCCUGUGACAAUGGUUGCACAUGCUUGCAUGGAUUUGGUUGCACGUGUGGCCCUUGGACUCAUUACCUUCUCCUCCUUGUCUGAGCUGAAUCUCCUGCUGUCUGUCUCCCCCGAUGAAAACCUGUUUCUGUGCACGGUAAUGGAGGGUCGGGGAUGUGCUCUUGUGACUAAGUGUCCGUGCUUUACAGCCACUUGUAUGUCUGAUCUUCUGUAAGGCUCCUUCAGCCACUACCUUAGCAGGGGCUUUAGAUUAGUGUUGUAGCAGCAUAUUGUUACAUUUUAUCACAGAAUCUCAAUGUCUCUCUCUGUUUCUUGCUGGUAUCUAUUUUUUAAAUUUGGUUUCGUUAUUUUUUUUGAUGAAUGUUCUGUUUUGGUUGUAAAACAAAGCAAAAAAUAAACUGUCCAAUUAA